AAAUAAAUUACUUUACAGUUGAUAAACGAUUAAGAUCUCAUUUAAGAUUAAAAAGUUGCUGCAAACAAGCGAUCUAUAUUAAAUUCAAUUAUUGAUUAAGCUUCAAAUUUAUGAAACAAAUAUUUCUGAAAUUGUUAAAUGAACAUCGAUCAACUCUCAGAUUUAAGGUUGUAAUAAAAUAGUAUAAUAAUAACGAGAAGUAACUAGAAUGAUACAUGUGAACGCGCUUUAAACUCAUACGGACCAGCCGACUUAUUGCCAUAUUGUUAAUUUCGUGGAGACGAACACGCAAUACGCGAUUGUAAAUAUGUUGGCUCUCAGAUCUGUCUUACGGCGGUUUACCAGAUCUUUUAAAACUACUUCUGCAAGGAGAAGCGACGAGCACGGCCCAGAAGGUUUCCCUGGUGCAAAUGUUCCUUUUGACAUCAACAAUAGAUACAAGCUGAUUGCACUUUUUACUGUCUUCACUGCAAGUGGACUUUCAGUACCGUUUUUUGUACUUCAUUAUCAUUUGAAACUUAAGUAACAUGAGUAUUAACAUUAGUACAUUAGUAAAAAAAAAAAAGAAAAAUGUAACAAAGACUUGUAAUGAUAAAAUCUAGCUCCAUGAAUAUUGUUUAAUAAAGUUACAGUGCUAACAAUUUGCAGUGCGAAGAGAAUUCAUUUGUUUAUCAUAAAAAUGACCAAUGCAUAUUCAAUCGAUUCAAUUAUUGCUACCUUAAGAGAUAUUUUCUAAAAGAAUCACAUGAAUUGGUGUAAUUAAACCGUAUUCAAUUAAAAAUGAAGGAUAAUUGCUCCAUUACGUAAAAAAAAUCUAAUGAAAAACGUGCUUAUUUCAUUUAUGUAACCUGUUUUAAAUAUCGCGUAUCAAAAAAUGUUACCGCAUAUAUAAUUUCAACAAGUACAACGUUGCAUUUUAUUCCGUGCAAUAAACGUUUGCGCGACGUACACUGAAAUAAUUCAAUUGACACGUUCAACUCUGACCUUUGCAUAUCUAUUAUCUUCAGCCAUUAUCUAACUAGAUAUUAUCCUUCAAGGACAAGCCUACGUUCAAAUCAAUUUAUUUAUAAGUAGCAAUCAAUACGCAGUUUCAUAAGUGGGAAUUCAUGCAUUAUGAUCUUCUUUCAAUUUCGACUUUGUGUGCGACUUCCUUUCUUUAUUUCGUGCACAUGAGUACCAGCCUUGAGUUAAUUUCUGCUAACCGGGAAGUACAUAACUCCUAAUCGUAUCAUCGUCGGAAUCAUCCUCUGAAUUUUCAAAUUACAUUUAUUUGUGGGAAUAAUAUCUAUAAUAAUAUACUAUCAUUAUCGUUUAAUUCACUAACAAGUAUGUCACGAUCUCUAAUAUUUUUUUUUAACUCUUAUAAAAUAUUAAGUUUAACGAUUUUGUUAAAAAUUGCAUUUUAAGCAAGAAAAAGUAUUUGAUGGAUUGUACAGAAUUCUAAUUUAGAGCUGAUUAAAUAACAAAAAAAAAGAAAAAGCGAGGGAAAUCUCCCUAAUCGAUCAUACUGCGAUUUACUUCAAAGCGAGAAGAGAUCUCUCCAUUCGAUUUAGUAAUCUAAGAGGUGUCAUUAUUCACAUAAGGGCAAUGUUACUAUAAAUAAACUGAUGCUUAACUGAGCUGCACAUUACCAGCACGUAUGCUCUGUUUAGGAAAAUACAAAUUUCAGAUGCACAUUCAUAUUGCAAUGUGGUCUGAUAAAAUGAAACAAGGAUCAGUUUGGUUUCAAAAGCCGGAGUCGAAGCAUGUUUCUUUCUGGUGUCACGUGCACGCAAAACAGACGUUUGGAUACAAUCGAAAUUGCAAGAGCGCAAAUGCUCAAAAACCCGGUGAACGCGAGGGAAGGGAACAAAUUUUGAAGAAAAACGAAUACAAUUUCAUCUCAGAGUCACUACCAAACUCAGAUUCAUCAAAUAGGGGCUGAUAGUAGUUGAUUUCUGCCGCUUGGCUGAGUAACUUAAAAAGAAGAGGAGGUUAUUGAAGCGACAUCCCUUCUAGAGAUAUAUACUCUAUCACAAGCUGCUUAACCCGAGCUGCAGUGACCAUGGUCGUCGAAGUUGAAAAUAUUAAACUUGUAUUUGAAUGAUGAUCACUGCGGAGAGGCAGCACCAAAUCGACCCAUUAUCUUACAUCGUGGUCGUCGGUAGAGAGAGACAUUGAAUCGGAAUUGGAAUGAGACAGUGGAAUUAGUACGCGUAAGACCCGCAGCGUUGUUAGACGCUGAGACGUCGGGGAGACGUCACACUAACGUAGCGGUUAGGCUCAUCAUCCGCAGUACCAUGUAUCAAAAAUUGAGCUUCGAGGUCGAGUAUCUCACUGAACAACAUCUAACCGGCUUCGAGAGCUAUAAAUACUGUCCAAAAUGGGUUGCUCCGAAUGUAUUAACUUUCUCUGGAUUUCUUUUUACUGUCUUCAACUUUACAUUGUUUGCAUUUUAUGAUUACUAUUUGUAUGCAUCUAGCGAUGAUAAGCCACAGUAUCCACCUAUACCAAGAUGGGUCUUUGCCUUGGGUGCAUUUAAUGUAUUUAUGGCAUAUACUCUUGAUGGUAUUGAUGGAAAACAAGCACGACGUACUCAAACAUCAGGGCCCUUAGGAGAACUAUUUGAUCAUGGACUAGAUAGUUGGACAACAAUGCUCAUUAGUGUCUGUAUGUUUUCUGUGUUUGGUCGAACGGACCAUAGCGUGUCUCCGUUAAGAAUGUACUUUAUUUUGUGGAACGUGUUUAUUAGUUUCUACUUGACUCACUGGGAAAAGUAUAACACAGGGGUAUUAUUUCUUCCUUGGGGAUACGAUUUAUCUAUGGUAGGCACUAUUAUUGUCUUUAUUGUAUCUAGUAUAGGCGGACAUAAAACGUGGAAGAUUGUAUUUCCUGGUGGUAUAUCUGUUGGUGUAAUGUUUGAAAUAUUGCUUUAUGUUACUGCAAUUGUAUCUAGUUUACCGGUGGUUCUCUGGAACAUAUACAAAUCGUAUAGGGACAAGACUGGUAAAAUGCGUACAUUCCUAGAUGCCAUAAGACCUCUGUUACCUCUAGCGGUACUCUUCGCGAUUUCAACAAUUUGGGUAGUUCAUUCGCCUAGUAACAUCAUCGAGAAAGAUCCUAGAAUAGUUUUCUUAGCAAUUGGAACUAUUUUUUCGAAUAUCUGUUGUCGCUUAAUUGUUUCACAAAUGAGCAACACCAGAUGUGAACUAUUAUCAUGGAUAUUACUUCCUGUAGCGGUUAUAGCCAUCUUCUCUUUUAUCUUUCCUAGCAUAGAUCUGGUAUUUACGUAUAUUCUUGCCAUCGUAGCUUUACUGGCCCACAUUCACUAUGGAACAUGUGUGGUACGUCAAAUGUGUCGUCAUUUCCGUAUUCACACGUUUCAUAUCAAAGAUCGUGCAGACUGACUACUUGCCGACGAUACAUGUUAAAAACGAAGAAAUACGAACAAACAGUCGGGAAGAGCUACGAACGAGUGAGAAUAGAUCAGACAGACAAGCAGAAAAAAUUUCAGGAUCACAAUUGAUCAUAAAAAGACAGAAUGUUUGGGCUAUAAAAACGUUAAUGCUGGACAGUAGAUAAUAACAGUUUUAUUCGAGCAUGUAAUCAGCGAUCAUCACAUAUCCAGAAAGAGAAAGUACCUGCUAAGUAACGUUCUCCAUUCAUUUUGCAAAGAAGAAAGCAUUUCAAUCUCAUGUUGCUGUGAUAUAGUUAAAGAACCACCUACAGUCUUGCUUUGCGUACAUAUAUAAUGUCACAUAAGUUCGCAUCGUUCUCUCUACCUUGCCUUUUUUUGUAUUCUGUUCGUAACCCUGACUGUGCGUAGAAUAUUUAUUUUCGAGCACAUGCGAGGCUAUUUUAGCUGUUGCGCAUCGAAUUCUUCGUUUUUAACAUGUAUUGUCUGAGAAAUGAGAUUACCAAUCUAACUUGCUCAGUUUUCUCACCAGACGAAUCUCUUUUUCUUUGGUGUUUCUUCGAAAAUCUCUUGAACUUUUCAAAUCCUAUAUGGUAACUUUUUUUUCGUUUCGAGUAACUGCUGGAGAAAAAGGUUCUCGCUGUGUGUGAAAAUUCUAAGCAAGCUGGAAUACAAUGAAUUUUGAUACGGAUAAAGAAGGAAAGACGUAAUGCUGGGGGAUAUAUUUGUAAUAAAAUACGUGUAAGAGACAUUAUUUAUUUUCCGUGAGGAUGCAUGUGUAUAUUAUAUUAUAUUUAUAGUAAUCGGCUCGACUUGAAGGAUUUUUGCAAAUAGUACACAAUAUUGUGUAUAAUAUACUUCGAGCUAGACUAAACGAGUCAAUCAAUUAAAGAAAUUAGCGAGUAACAGAGAAACUUUACUGUUUCUAUCACGGAACGAAAAUUAUUUAGUCAAAUAUGAGAAAUCGAUAAAUAUUUAAUUCUUCUUUUAUAAGAUAUUCAAAAUGAUAUUUUAUCGUAUACCUAAGUUCUCAACGUGGGAAAAAUGUAUGACAUCACAGUCAGAAGUCAGAAAUCAUACGAUUGAUUUUCUUUUUCUUCUUUAUAAUUAACAUUGAUCGGUCAUUACAAUCUUUGCAUAAAAGACGUAUCGUCGAUGAUAAUAGUAGAUGACGUAAUCGUGGAUUAAAACGAAUAAUCGGAGUUGUAAGAAACGGUAGAUGCUGGUAUCCUAUUAAUUCCCACGUUGUGCAAAUAAAAUAUAAGUCAAUGUAGAAUAAAUCAACCUGUUGAAACAACGUGUAUUGCCAUAGUUUUUCGCUAAUUCUGUGCAUUGAAACUCCAUUAUUACAAUGUUUUCAGUGAAAAUAUAUUAAAGUUAAAUUUUUUUUAAUAUAUUACUUGCAUUUAAUAUGUUACUAGUCUGUUUUACAUUCUCAAUACACAUAAUUUUUAGGAAAUGUAAUUUUGUAAAAAAGAGAGAAAAAGAAAAAGAUAAAUCCAAGAAUUCGUUCGAAAUCGUAGAUAGACUUGAAAAUGUUCAUAGAAGUAACAAAUGUUUUUGUAAACUUCAACAUAUGUACAUACGUAGUUUCUGAAAGAAGAACAUAAUGUAGGUGUAGUAACUCCGAAAUGCUACAUUUUUUAACUACCAAAUAUAUUUCUGAACAUACAUGUACAAAUAGCACUUAAUGAAAGCUACGUAACCUACUUUAAUUAAAACAUCCUUGUGUAACUUUAUUUUUUAGAUAUUUAAUUAUUUUUUUUUGUGUAACAAUUAUUAAUAUAAUUACAAAUAUUAAUCAUACGUUUGUAACUUGUCGAGUAUGAUAGUGUAUUAAUUUCUCAAUCAUAUAUUUCUGCCAAAGAUAUUAUACGGAAAUUUUACAUUAUUCCAAGAAGUUAUAUGUAUAUUUUAUUUAUAUUUUUAAUGUAUUGAUAAUAGAAUUAAAUGCACAAAAGACAUUUCUGCAUUCAAUUUAAUCUGACUGUAAUUUGUACGAUUAGAAAAACUGCAUUCAAUUUAAUCUGACUGUAAUUUAUACGAUUAGCGAAAUGCUUCACUAUAUUUUAGAAACAUUUUUUCUAUCUUUCAGAAUUAUCAUGGAAAUUAUUUUAUAAGUAUAAACAAAUAAUAUACUUGUCAAUCUAUUAUAAAAUUAUAUAAAAAUAGUGUUACUUUUGUUGGGAUUGAAAAUACUCUUGUUUUAUUUUCUCUCGUUCUUCGGGUAAAGGGACAUAAGGUUUUAUAUUUUUUAUCUUUCUAUCGAAAAUUAUUUUUCCCUAAAACAAUUUUUUGCAAUAUUUGUAGUUUUCGAACUGUAGAGUACAUUUAUCAUAAUCGUAUUUAUUGUUUUCUAGACAUUUUGCACUAAUAUUAUAUUCCUGAAAACAAGGAUUAAUUAAUUCCUGAUUCAGCGUGAGUUUUUCCUUUAAUGUCAAAACUUGGUUUUUAUUACCAGUACUUGAAACGUUCAUUAUAUUUUCCUAAAAUUAAAAGUUCAACAAAACAAGCUUGAUAUGCCCAAGCUCUAUAAUCAAGUUUAACAAGUUUUGAAAUGAUAAUUGUAAUUUUGUGAAAUGAUAAUUAAAAAUGCCAAAUUUCUUUAAUUCUUGCCAAUGUCAAAUUUAUUUAAGAAACAGAAAAUAAAAGUUUAAACGAAAAAGUAGAAUAAAAAAAAUGCAAAUUUAAUCAAAUACCAAU